AUGCAAAAGCCACUAUUUAAUGUCAUUGUCAUCUUGUUCAUCACCAUCUCCUCGAGCAACUCUCAAGCUAUUGAUUGUAAACCAGGAAGAGGAAAGAAGGUUCGAAAGACCGUAGUUGUUGAUCAAUCCGGCAAAGGGCAUUUCAUAAAAAUCCAAGAUGCUAUUGAUUCCAUUCCAAUAAAUAACGAUCGGUGGAUCAAAGUUCGAAUCAAUCCUGGCACCUACAUAGAACAGGUGACAAUACCAGAUGACAAGCCAUGUAUUUUUCUGGAAGGAAGAGAUCGUACCCUAACAACGAUUACUUAUAAUGCACAUGAACGCACAGAUACUAGUGCUACUUUUACCUCAUCACCAAGCAAUAUUGUAGCGAAGGGCAUAACCUUCAAGAAUUCAUAUAACCUUCCAUUCAAGCAAAAUAUCAACUAUGGAAUCAAGAUACCUGGAGUUGGAGUAGCCCCAGCACUUUCUGCACGGAUUUAUGGUGAUAAAUCAGCUUUCUAUGAUUGUGCUUUCUUGGGAGUUCAAGAUACAUUGUGGGAUGUCCAAGGCCGGCAUCACUUCUUUAACUGCUACAUUGAAGGAGCAGUAGAUUUUAUAUUUGGUGCUGGUCAAUCUUUCUAUGAGGGUUGCUCGAUAAAUGUUACCAGUAAUGGCGUCAUAACAGCCCAAGGUCGAGAGUUUCCUAAUGAUCCGAGCGGUUUUGUAUUUAGUGGAUGCACUAUUUCUGGAAUUAAAGGUGUUCGAGCAUUUCUUGGAAGAGCCUAUAGACCAUACUCGAGAGUAAUAUUUCAAGAUUCAUACUUCUCAAAAGUGGUUGAUCCUCUGGGGUGGAAUGCUUGGGGUUACGCAGGGCAAGAGGAGAAUUUCACGUAUGUGGAGGUUAAAUGUAAGGGACCAGGGUCUAAUAAAUCGAAGCGUGUUCCAUGGGUAAGGAAGCCAUCAACAGGACAACACCAAUUGUUUUCCAAGCCAUCUUUCAUCGACCAAGAUGGCUGGCUUGCAAAACUACCUCUUUGA